AUGGGAGGCCCGCGGCGCCUGCUGCUGGUCUCCAACUCUACCCUGCAUGGAGGGGGAUACCUGGGCCACUGCCAGCAGCAAAUUCAGAGCUUUCUCGGGGAGAAGGUGAAGCGGGUGCUGUUCGUUCCCUACGCGCUGCACGACCGCGACGCCUACGCCCGCACUGCGAGGGAGAAGUUUGAGAGCUUGGGUUAUGGACUGGACAGCAUUCAUGAAUCUUGUGAUCCAGUGGAAGCUGUAAGGAAGUCUGAAGCAAUAUUUAUUGGAGGUGGGAACACAUUCAGACUCCUGAAAGCUCUCUACGAUAACUGUCUGAUACAGGAGAUCAGGAAAAGAGUUCUUGAGGAUGGGAUCCCUUACAUGGGGUCCAGCGCAGGAACUAAUGUUGCAACCAUCAGUAUCAAUACUACCAAUGACAUGCCGAUUGUUUACCCACCUUCCCUGCAGGCCCUAGGUUUAGUUCCUUUUAAUAUUAACCCCCACUACCUGGACCCAGAUGUUAAAAGUACUCACAUGGGUGAGACAAGAGAGGAAAGAAUUCGCCAGUAUCAUGAAGAACCAAACACCCCUCCAGUUCUGGGCUUGCGGGAAGGUGCAAUGCUGCUAGUGGAAGGAGACAAAGCCACUUUGCAAGGAGUGACAGGAGCACGUCUGUUUUUGAGGGGUAAGAAACCAACUGAACAUGAGCCUGGAACAGAUUUCAGUUUCCUCCUGAUUGACAGUAAUCUUCAGAAUCUGUAGCCUUGCAUCUUCUGCAGCAAAAGUCACUAUACUGGAAGACAAUGAGGAGGAGGGAAGAUGAUGUUCUAGUCCCAGGGUGGGUGGAGAACUUUACCUUUAUAAAUAAAGAUAAAUAUG